CACUAACGCAACGUUUGGCUUGGACGCUUGGCUAGUUUUGCUGACUUACCCACCAAACCAAUGCUUCACAUCGGGCGGAACUAGCGUAUCUCAGAGCUUUUUAUUGCUCACUUUGCCUCCGUUCAUGGCUUCGCUCUCCCUUCUCCUGAAACCCAUCUCAGAAAGUUCGUAUCUUCGUGCAGAAGUAUCUCAUUAUUUUCCGAAUGUGUCUUUUUCGCGAAAAAAUUCUCAUUUUCGAGAACUGGCUGGCUUUCACGCCUGGGAUUGUGGUGUCAGGAGUUCAAUCGAUGACGGAAAUUUCUUAUUCACGUUGGUUACGCUUGCCUAUUUCUUGUUUACGGAAUAUUGAAACAGGCCCUUAAAAAAGAUAACCGUGAAAAGUUCAAUGUGCAAAGCUCAGCAACUUACGCCACCUGCAUUGUUACUCUAGGAAAUUGUUGGUUUGGGAAUUACAAAAGAUCUCUCAGUUAUGGGUGUAUCCCUUGCGAUUGACCACAUGGUACAUAGAGGGCAUGUGUCUUGACACUGCAGAAUUUGGAUGGCGUUAGUAUCUCUAUGAACUGGACCAACACCUUGACCGUUUUCUAAGGUCAGCAUCCAUGGCCAAGAUUCGCCUGCCGUAUGAUAGGGAAAGCAUAAGAAGAAUACUCAUACAGACUGUAAGUGUUUCCAAAUGUAGAAAUGGAUCAUUGAGAUACUGGCUCUCAGUGGGACCUGGCGAUUUCCAACUAUCUCCUUCUGGUUGCCAUCAAACAGCUCUUUAUGCUGUUGUAAUUCAAGGUGAAUCAUCCUUUAAUCAGAAGGGUGUUAAAGUGGUAACUUCAUCCAUCCCAAUGAAACCCCCACAAUUUGCUACAGUGAAGAGUGUGAAUUACCUUCCAAAUGUGCUUUCAAAGAUGGAAGCUGAAGAAAAUGGUGCAUUUGCAGCAAUUUGGCUGGACAGUGAUGGUUUUAUUGCUGAAGGGCCUAAUAUGAAUGUUGGCUUUGUUACAAAGGAAAGGGAACUUGUAAUGCCUUGUUUUGAUAAAAUUCUAAGCGGGUGCACAGCAAAGAGAGUUUUGGCUCUUGCAGAGGUGCUGGUGAGGGAAGGGAAGCUUCAGGGGAUAAAAGUUAGAAAUGUUAGUCUAGAUGAAGGGAAGAGAUCUGAGGAGAUGAUGCUUAUUGGCAGUGGAGUUCUUGUCUGUCCUGUACUGCAGUGGGAUGAACAGAUUAUUGGUGAUGGAAAAGAAGGCCCUGUGGCUCUGGCUCUCCUAAAUCUCAUUGUGGAGGACAUGCAAUCUGGUCCCCCUACAGUCAGAGUCUUAGUUCCUUACUAAGCCAUUUGAUUUCCAUUCCUUGUGUGAGGGUGACAGGACUAUUGAAUGCCAGAAAGCUACUUUCUUUUUCCUGUUGUUGCAUACUUGAGGCUCUCCAGCUUGAGCAAGGAGCGCCAUCUGAUGAAAUCAGAGAAUGUUCCCCCAUGGGACAAAAUUGUUUGCGAAUUGUGUAGGAGUAAAGAAGAGAAAGGGAUGCCUGGAACCUACUCCUUUGUAUGUUGCUCCAUUCUUCUAGUCUUCUCUAAUGCUAAAACCAAGUUUUUUAACAUCCUAGUUCUGCAUUUGCUGAUUCUCUCUGCUUGAUCUGGGGCUCAAUGCAAUUGUACAAUUUUGUGUCAAUGAUGGAGACAAAUUUCAGCAACAAUUUUAGCUGCAUUGGAAGAGAAAUGUGAAAAUAGCUAUCCUGUUGAGUUA